CUGCCAAUAAUAAAGAUUCAGAAAGAAUAGUGUACGAGGAUGAACGAAUCAUCGUGUUUCACGACAAAAAACCAGCUGCUAAAAUGCAUCUAUUGAUUAUUCCUAGGGAUCAUAUAGAUACGGUAAAGACUUUAUCGCCGAACGACGUUCCUUUAUUAAGACACAUGAUUGAUAUUGGGAAUCGACUUCUAUCUGAAUCAGGUUUUCAGUUACCGCAAACAAGGAUAGGAUUUCAUGUUCCACCUUAUAAUAGUGUUAAACAUUUACAUUUACAUUGUUUGGGUCUUCCUUUUAGAAAUCGAUUCAUUGGAAUAAGAUAUAUGGAAUGGAUGCCAUGGUAUUGCAGUGGUGAAAAAAUUCUAAAUGCUUUAUCAUCCGGCUGA